AUGGGUAAGCUGCUGGCCGAGCGGGUUUGCCCCCCAAGACCCUUCGCAUCAGCAGGGGUGGACUACACAGGUCCCCUGCGUAUCCGCGCGCAAAGAGGAAGAGGUCAUGCCGCUUACAAGGACUACAUCUGUCUUUUUAUCUGCUUAACGACCCGAGCGGUCCACCUGGAGGCCGUAUCGGACUUAUCGGCACCGGCCUUCAUUGCGGCAUUUCGCCGAUUCACUUCCCGUCGGGGUCGUUGUCGCCUGCUGCUCAGCGACAACGCGACUAACUUUCGCGGAGCUGACGCUGACUUGAGGGCCAGAUUCCAUGCCGCCUCCGACUUUUAUAAGGAAGCCGGAGAACUGUUGGCUAACGACCGGACCGAAUGGAGAUUCAUCCCCCCGCAGGCUCCUCACUUCGGGGGCAUCUGGGAGGCGGGAGUCCGUUCGGUUAAGCACUACUUGCGGCGCAUCCUUGGUGACCAUGCGUUGACCUACGAGGAGCUGUCAACGUUGCUGUGUCAAAUUGAGGCCUGCCUCAAUUCCAGACCGGUGUGCCCAUUGAGCUCAGACGCUUCGGACCUGGUGGCGCUAACGCCAGGGCACUUCCUGGUGGGCGAGGCGCUCUGCACCCUGCCGGAGGCCCCGGAGAUCGAUCGUCAUUCUGCAUCGCGUUGGCGACUGAUUUUGGUCAUAAAGGAGUCAUUCUGGAGGCGGUGGCACUCGGAGUACCUGCAUCAGCUUCAGCAGCGCUCCAAAUGA